AUGCUCAUGCCUGGGACGGGCCUGGCUGCCACCCUGAGGAUGCUGCCCAUGUUCCAUGAUGAGGAGCAUGCCUGAGCCCUCAGCCUCCCUGAGGACACCCUGGUGCUGCCCCCGGCCAGCCCCAACCAGAGGAUCCUCUACACCGUGCUGGAGUGCCAGCCCCUCUUCGACUCCAGUGACAUGACCAUCGCUGAGUGGGUUCGUGUUGCCCAGACCAUCGGAGGUAGCACUGAGCAGUACCACGGCUUUGUGAUCAUCCACGGCACGGACACCAUGGCCUUUGCCGCCUCAGUGCUGUCUUUCAUGCUGGAGAAUCUGCAGAAGACCAUUGUCCUCACCGGGGCCCAGGUGCCCAUCCACGCCCUGUGGAGCGACGGCCGUGAGAACCUGCUGGGUGCACUGCUCAUGGCCGGCCAGUAUGUGAUUCCAGAAGUGUGCCUCUUCUUCCAGAAUCAGCUGUUUCGGGGCAACUGGACGACCAAGGUGGACGCUUGGAGGUUUGCGGCCUUCUGCUCCCCAAACCUGCCACCUCUGGCCACCGUCGGUGCUGAUGUCACAAGCAAGCCCGGAGAGAGCAGGGCCGGUGCCAGGGAAGGGCUGCUGCAGGGAGCUGGUGGCUGCGACUCGGCAGAAUUAAAGGGCACCGUGCCUGGCUGGAACUUGCCCUGCUUGGUUCUGCCCGGGCCUGUGGACAAGCACCCAGCGUCUUUGGUUUUCAAGACAAGCUGUGCGUCUGAGAUCUGGCUCCGUGGCAGACUUGCGUGUUGCCCCAGGGCUCCUCAGCAGGGCAAGGACAGAGGAAAAUGCCUGGCCCUGCAGGCAAGAAACUGAGGCAGAGAGAGGCAGGCUCCACAGGGAGGCACAGACUCAGGCCCUGCGGGCUGACUCCCGUCCAUGGCUCUCACCCGGUGCCUUGUUCCUGCUGCUGGCUCCAGCACCUUCUGGGGAGUGUGAGGCUGUACACAUCAGCGUGUCUGACGCGUUACAGCGCCGGGUCUCAGGGGCCUGGGCUGCCCACUGUUCACUGAGGGCCAGGGC